UGAGGAGAAUAUGGCGCUUGCAAAUAUAUCUGGUAUUCCUGACAAACAUUGGCAACCACCGUUCGUAGCAUUUGAAACAACGAUGGGUGAAGUUGUUAUUGAGCUUUACUGGAAACAUGCGCCAAUUACAUGCAGAAAUUUUGCUGAACUUACACGGCGUGGAUAUUACAAUGGAACAAAAUUUCAUCGAGUUAUUCGAGAUUUUAUGGUACAAGGUGGUGAUCCUACUGGAACUGGCAAAGGUGGAGUGUCCAUUUAUGGAGAAUGUUUCGAUGAUGAGGUGCACGAUGAUUUGAAACAUACUGGUGCAGGAGUAGUUUCUAUGGCUAACUCGGGACCAAACACUAAUGGGUCGCAGUUUUUUAUUACAUUGGCACCUACACAAUGGCUUGAUGGAAAACACACCAUUUUUGGUGAGUCAAAUUUUCAUACUUGA